AUGGUCAAUGUCAUCCUAGCCUCGUCUGCCGUCUCCGCUGUAGCAGGUGCCAAGACAACAUCGCUCCUGCCGUACAUACCAACGACCAUCCUCAUACCUGGUGGCUUGGCAGAGGAGGCAAGCAGCAACAGCAGCAGCAACGACAACAGCACAGCAUACAUCUUGUCGCCCAACGACGAUGGGAGCUCGGUCGACCUAUUGUCCCUCGACAUCUCGUCUACGUUGGCCUCUUCUUCUCUUACCAGUGCUGUCACGACACUCACAUCUGGGCUGCCUUUUCUCUCGUCAACCAACACCACGUCAUUCUCGCCCACGCUCGCAGCAGAUGGAUCCAUUCUUGUCUUUGCGGGCGACUGUGCAUCCGACGAUAGCUCGUCAGUAUGGAUCUACAACACCACUUCUGGCAAGGCAGCAUGGAAAGAACAACAAGAUUCUUCUUCUCUAGACGGCACUACAGGUCCUAACUUCCUAGGAGGCGGCGUGGCCUUUUCCGAAGUUAUUGCUCCGUCCAUAUCAACACCCCAAAUCUACUCAUACGGGGGCCAGUGUCCCAACGCGACCAUAAAUGGAUCAACCACCUGGGUCAACGCGGCAGACUACUCCAACGCCAUGAUCAGGCUCACAUCCUCGUCUUCGGCUGACGGCUAUGAGGCCGAGAUCUUGUCGCUGGCGUCCCAGCCCGUCGCAGAGGCCGGCUUUACCUUCACCCAGCUGCCCCCUUCUACGUCCAACAUCUCAGGCACGGUGACCCAGACAGUCAAUAGCAUCGUGCUGGGCGGCCACACGCGCAAUGCCUUUGUCAACAUCUCGACGGCCGCCAUCUGGUCCCUGCCUGAGGAGUCGUGGAGUUAUGUUGCCAUCUCCGGCCCGUCUGGUGCCUCGUCGUCGUCGUCCGUCGGCAGCGAGCUGGCCAAGAACGAAGAUGGGGACGGCAAUGUGCAGGUCCAGUCCCGCUCCGGGCACACGGCUGUGCUGAACGAGGCUGGCACGGCCUUGAUUAUUCUGGGGGGUUGGGUCGGCAAUACGAGCACACCCGCGGAGCCACAGCUUGUGGUGUUAGACCUGAGCGGGAGCGCGUUUGGCGAGUGGACUUGGGUGGUUCCUGAAGACCAGCCUCUGACUGGUGGUGAGGGUAUCUUUGGUCAUGGUGCUGCGCUGCUGCCUGGCAAUGUGAUGAUGGUGGCAGGUGGAUACUCCGUCUCAUCCUCGUCAUCUACAUCCAAACUGCGCACGAGAGACAGCAUCGGCGUGGCCGGCGGACAGCUCAAGACAUUCCUGAACCUCACCUCCCUCUCCUGGUCCGACUCAUACACAAACCCAACGAGCUCAUCAUCCUCUUCCUCCUCGGGCACUGGCAGCUCUUCUUCCUCUUCAACAGACAACACAAAAUUAGGUCUCGAAGUAGGUCUAGGCGCUGGCAUCCCCCUCCUCUUGAUUUUCCUCUGCGUCGCCUUUUUCUGCUUCCGUCGCCGCCAGCGCCACCGGCAUGCCCACCGCGAUGAGCACAUUCGCGGCCUGACCUCGGGAGCACCCUUCAUCACCCCAGAGGAAAUGUACGAGACAGAACACGAGCAGCAGCAUUACCCAUGGGUUCCCAAGGCCGCAGCGCGCUGGUAUUCGUAUACCGGUGGACAUGAUCCGUAUCUCCGCGAUGAGAAGUCGUUGGGCUACGAGAGCCUCCGCGGUCAACGGGGUGGUCCUCAGCAACAGCAGCAUCACGACUUUGGCGGCCUGGCGUCUAUUGAGCCUCCUCUUGGGUACCGGGGUCCUACUCGCAGGAAACCUAACCCUCGCGUGGCGCAGGGCUUGUAUCAGCCUACGGGUGUAGACGAGAGCAGGACGUUUGCGGCAAUCUCGCCCAUCAUGGAGGACGAGGAGGACGAGAUGUCUAUGCACGGGGCCAUGAGUCCCGAUAAAGAGGUCGAGGGGACCGAGGAUGACCCCUUUGUUACGCCUGUCAACGAUACCAUGCCGAGUCCUUUCGUUGUUGGGAACAUGAACCCGCCCAGCAGCCCGACGGCAGAGGACCACGACCACGUCUACGAACACGACCACCGCGCGCCGACGCCCAUGCCGACGCUGGUCCAGCCACAGCAGCAGCACCCAGAAGUGACAGGCUGGGUAACAGACGUUGACGCCUCGGACGCCCUCAUUACAAGACGCCUGCAGCCCCGUGGUGCAUCGGUGCGCAUGGGCAAAAUUUCACCCACCCGACGUUCGUCUGUCCGGUUUGCAGAUGGAGAGUCCACCCCGACAACGCCCGGGGCGCGCACGGAGAGCGGUCUGUCCGACUCGAACCGUAGUGCCUUUAGCUUUCUGGUCAACCGGUCCGACUCCUUGCGGGUGGCUGCGCCUGGCGCUGGAGGAGGACUGCUCGCUGCCUCUGGGGCCAGCGGUGGUGCUGAGAAGAGAGGAGGCACCUCGCACUCGGACCACAGCAGCAGCAGCAACAGCAACAGCAGCUUUAUCACGGCCAAGUCCAUCCCAGCACUGCAGACUGAGGGUCCCACCUUACUCCUCGGCCGUCCAAGACCUAUUUCGGACAUCGAGGAUCUGACGCACGUCUCGGACGACGAUGGCGCACCGGGUAGCCCGAGUAAGAGCAAGACGCCGCGGAGGAGCUGGUUCGGCAGCCUAAGGAGGGUAUUUAGCGGACCGAGCAGUAGUGGUAGCUCGGCGGCGGGCUCAAACCGCACGGAGAGUCCUACGCGGGGUGACACCAGCGACUAUGACCGUUGGGGGCUCGGUGGCGGGCUGGGCUUGGGCGGGUAUGGACUUCUGCAGAAGCGGAAGCAGGGAAGGUCGGCAUGGGAGGAUUAUAUUGGCGGGGGAACGGGCGGGUUUGCUGCUGCCCACGCUGACGGGCACGGGGAUGAGGAGGACGACUGGGAUGUUGAAAGGUCGGCGGAGCAGAGGCUUGUGCAGGUUAUGUUCAGCGUCCCGAAGGAGAGAUUAAGGAUCGUUAAUGGCGAGCCUGAUGUCAUCUCUAUCGCGGAGUCUGCGGUAAUCGUUGAUCCGGAACAUGACGGGGAUAACGGCGACGACGAUGGGGAAGAAGGGAGCAUUGGGGGGCAGAGGGGAGGAGACGGAAGAAGAAGACCCUCGCUCAUCUUUGAGGAAGAAAGAGAAGUUGACAGUGGGAGAAAUGCUGGUGAUGAUGAGAACAACGAGGAGGAGCAGAUGAGAAGGAGGAAUUCGGGCAAGGCUGGGGCGCAAGAAAAGGGGAAGCAGCCCGAGGAGGUGGCACCAUUAUUACUCGUACAGAGAAGUUUCGAGAGCGCAACCAACGAGAAGGGAAAAGACCAAAACAACAGCAAAGAAGAAAACACAAAACGCCUGCUCGAGCAGAGGAGCUUUGAGAGCGCAACCAACGAGAAAGUCAAACAGGACGAGAGAAAGGCGCGACUGCUCGAGGUGCCCCAGCUGCGCCGCAGUGAGGACUCGUCUCACUACGAGGGCAGGAGGAGCCUCUCGCCAGGUGUUCCCAUGCAGGCAGAGGAGGUCCGGUACGAAAGGCCGCGGACGAGGGUUCUGGAUUUAGUCGAGACCUUUGAGCAGCGAAGUAGGAGCAACAGCCCGACGAAGGAGAGGCUGACUCCAGAACGGUCAUGGUGA